AUGUAUGAAAAUUAUGAUUUUUCCAAAGAUGAAAAGUGGAAUCUCUAUAUUAAAUCAGCAGACAAUUCAAUGUACUAUUUCAAAUAUACUUAGAUCUACGGAAAGAAUGGAAUAUUUAAAAUAGAUUUGGUAUAAGGAAAACGUGAACAGAAAACAUCAAAUUGACAAUAAUAAAAUAUCAAAUGUCAAAGAGGAAUCUAAAUUACCAUAUUAUAUUUAUAGCACUGAGAAUAUAUUCAAAAUGUCAUUUAUGCUUUUGCUUUUUAUGUAAGGAGUAGCUUAGAUAUUUGGAUAUCUUUUUAAUUUUUUAGCAUUGUAAAGACAAAUACGAAAUACUCAAAUUUAAUAGAGAAAACAAUAUGUGAAGCUUUUGAUAAAUAAUGAAUUCUUUCAUAAUUUAGUGUUUUUAUUCCUAUUUCACUUUUUUGAGAGAAUGCACAAUAUUUUCAUAUAUAGUCCAAUUGUCAUGCACUCCUGGGUUGGAAUUUCAGAAUUUCUAUUCCUCCAUCAUAAAUCAAUAUAUGAAAGUAACAAAUUUGUGUGAUAAUUAGUAUAGGAAUGUAACAAUAUAUAGAUAAAACUAAGUAAAAUAAGGAACUUAUUAUGAUACAAAAAUAAAAAAUGGAAAUUAUUUUAUUUCCAGUCCUUUUAUUUGCAAAAUUCUUUUUUGACCUAGGUAAUUGGAUAUUAGUAAUAUUUUAUCUCGUUUUUUUAAAAAUGAAAUACCAUACAAAUAAUAGGUCUAAAGUGGCUUGGAUUUAAAUUGAUUAUUUUAUAGAGUCCCAUUUGCCUAUCUUUAUUGUUUCUGCCUAUAAAGAACUUAGAUAAAUCGCUGUACAUUUCUUUGUGGAUUGA